AUGGACGCGAUAUCAACCUUCAGCUUCGGCAACCUGGGCUGGCUCGCAACUCAGGCCAUCCCGCUCAUCAUAUGGCCGCGCUUCAUCACCAAUCUCCUCCGCCCCGAUGACUACCAGCAUGCCGCAGGCUCUCUCGAGGACUACUUUGCCCGCUCCCUAGGCUUCGCCCUCCUGACCCUCGGCCUCCUCGUCGUAACCCUCUCAGGGGCAGUACCCCUCGCAUCCGAAGACCUCACUCCCGCGGGAACCGUCUCACCCUACGCAAACGCAGCCCUGGUUCUCUCCUCCAUCCACCACGCCUCCGCCGGGUUCUAUUGCUACAGCAGGUGGCUGAGGACGGGCCAGACGGCCUUUGCGCUCGGCUGCCUCGGCAGCACCGUGUUCGCCGUCUCCGGCCUCUGGUGCCUCAUGUUCGCCGGCGACAAGUCACGUCGCAGCAAGAAACACGGCUACGACAAGGACACCAGCUCGUUCCCCUUCAAGAAUACCGAGUCGUACCGAUCCAAGAAGAAGGGCCUAUAG